CUGCAUACGGCGGUUGCUAUGAUAAAUUUUUCUAAGUCUUUGACAUUUCGUGGCCUUGUUGUUUACGAUUUGGACUUAGGAAAAUUUCGUCGGCUUUCCUUAGGCAGUGUGAUUAAAUUCAAAAGGAAUUAUCGGCGGUUCCCGUCUACAAUCGUCCAUUACAGUAUCGCUGCCUGUCAGGACUUCGGAUCGACGAUCCACGCCGACAAGGUCAAGUUCCAAAUCAACUUGGAUGUGCAGCAACUUAGAUAUUUUGGUGAAAGCCUUCGACCAAGCCUCCGACAACAGCAUCAUCAUCGAAGGGGACACAUCGAGAAGCAGGACGAUUAUGGCUACCUACAUCUCCCAGUACUUCAUUCAGCGCUACUCCCUUACACCGGAACUCGAUUUCAACCAGAUCAACUCGUCGAUUUCGUCGCACGGCAUCUUGACGAUUUCGGCUCCGAAGAGGGCAGUUGCGGAUGCGGAAGGCCACAAGCCGAUUCUGAUUGUUCAGACAGGCCAACCGCUGAAGAGAAUCAGUGUCGAUCACGUAAAGAAGGAGAGCAUUACCCACAAAUCUUAGUGGGGUGGUGGUCGAGGUUUUACUGUUGCAACAAUUUACAUGAUCAGGACACAUUGUUCGCAUAGUACUUGUUAAUAAUUAGCUGAAUAAAUGAUAUCAGUUAGUGAUUGAAUUCCUUUCGGAGUUUCAUCAGGAUUUUCGUUCGCGAUUUCUCCAGUUCUUUCAUGAUUUCUCCCAGAGUUCCUCCUGGGGUUCCUAAGGGAGCACCUCCGGAGAUUCUUCUAGGGGCUUGUUCAGAAUUUCUUCUUAAGUUCCCUCCGGGAUUCUUCCAGGAGGUCCUACUGACAGCCCUUAAAAGGAUCCAACAGGAAUUACCCUAGAAGUUCUUUCCGGGAAUCCCUUUUGGGAUCACUCAGGAGUUCCUUCCGAGAUUCCUUUUGAUAUUUCCCUGGAAAUACUUCCAGGGAUUGCUACAUAAAUUCCUUCCGUAGUUUCUCCAAAAAUGUAUUUCAGGUUUCCUCCAGAAGUUCAUUCUGGAAUUCCUCAAGGAGCACCUUCAGAGAUUUUAUAUGGGGUUAAUUCAGGAUAUCUUCAUAAGCUCCCUCUGGGGAUACCUAAAGAGGUUCCACCUAGGAUUCAUCUAGUAGUUUAUUUCGUGAUUCUACCGGGAACUCCUUCAUGGAUUCCUUCAGAGAUUCUUUCCGGGAUUUCUCCAAAUAAUCUUUCUAAUACAAAUUCAAAAAACCCUCGCGGGCUUCUUCCAGGAGUUCCUUUAGUUGUUUUCCGAGGAGUUCUUUCUUAUGAGCUGUUUCUAAAUUCCUCUAGGU